AUGGAGCACUGUAUGGACGCAACGCCUGGCUUAUUCAACUAUAUUCAGCUUUAUUACUGCUCUUCAGUUCGACCAAUUACGUUUAUCUUUAUGUGUUGUUGGUUGGUGUUUUUGUUUGGUUUUGUUGGUAUUGCAGCUUCUGAUUUCUUUUGCCCUAACCUACAGACCAUCGCAUCUGCAUUACAUUUAUCUGAGAGUCUAACGGGUGUAACGUUUCUAGCAUUUGGUAAUGGUAGUCCUGACUUGUUUUCAACAUUCAGUGCCAUGCAUUCCAACUUAGGUUCGCUUGCCUUAGGUGAAUUGAUAGGUGCAGCAGCUUUUAUAGUAAGCGUAGUAGCAGGCUCCAUGUGUGCCAUCAAGCCUUUUCGUGCCAAAAAAUUUAGUUUUAUGCGAGACGUGUCUUUCUUUACAUGUGCAAUUAUACUUGUCAUGUUAAUCGUGUCUGAUGGCUUAAUUUACCUGUACGAAGCCAUUCUUUUGAUCGUAUUCUACGUUAUUUAUGUGCUUGUGGUUGUUGGAGGCAAUUAUUAUAUGAAGAAGAGAUCAAACUAUCUGAAUCUUGUCGAAAGAGCUCGUCUAGAAUAUGAGGAGAACGGGACAGAUGUAGACAAUCUUUUAAGAGGAAACAUGUUUAGAGAUAAUGAGGCAAAUGAAGAUGAAAUGGAAUUGUAUGAUGAAGGGUUUGAAACAGAAGGAUAUCAAAACAUGAAUCAUCAAAGAAAUGGGUUGCAUCCCAAGCUAAGAAUUCGUACAUCUCUUUUUCAAGCUAUUGAGUUUCAAGAUGUUGUGCAGUCACUUCAAAGCACAAGUUCACGCUCCAACCAUUUUCGAUCUCGUCCUUCCCGUUCGACCAGACAACAGUCUUCAACACACGAACUUUAUUCUGAUGAAGUGUCUUUGCACAGAGCAGAAAGUAUUCAUAACGACAUAGCAUCCACCACAUUCAGUCGAUUCUCGUUCCAUCCUC